GAACAUACAUAUCUGUCUAACAAAGAGAACCCAGUGGAUGUUUUUGCGUUUCAUAACUACGAGUAGAUCAGUAGGUAAAAGUGAGCAAUAUAGAUAAUACACUCGAUGUAAAGAAAUCUGUAGAUAAGCUGGAAUACAUUCAAUAACAUCAUGUCACUCGACUUCGAAGACGAGCCCGUGGACUUGGGUCAAUAUGCCUGGUACUGGGGCGAGACUCACCAGGAGCUCGUGCGUCGCGAACUGUCACGUGCGCCAGACGGAAGUUACCUCGUGCACCACACGGGCGAUAUCGAAUUCCACAUGCUGGCGGUCAAGGUCGGGGAUGAUAUCGUUUGGCAGCCUAUCUACUGUCGGGACGGGCUGGUGGGUUUCACGGAGCCCCUCGGCUUCGAGUCGUUCGAGGAUGCCCUGGAGGCGUACACGGAGAGCCAGACGGAGACCCAUGACACGCUUAGAAAUCCCCUGCCCAAACCGGACUUCUCGAAGCUGCGCGAGACACACACGACAAUGAAGCCCGUUCAGCUGCUGAAGAGACUCCGAGACACGCACGGCCUUCUGGGUCAGCGGAUAGAUGAACUAGACAACGUGGAAGGCUGUAUUGAGAGACUUGAACAAGAAAUCGAGGAGAAGAGCAAGUCGACGGAAGCGUACGGCGUGCUGAUCAAGGUCGUAUCUAAGCAACUGGAGAAGACGAAUGAACUCACGAGCUCGUCCAGCGACAGACUGGAUGAGAUCAACAACAACUGCACGGCACUCACCAAGCGACUGGAAGGUCUGCGACAAGAGCAGACGGCAAUUGAGAGAGAGCGUACUUCACUGGUGACAGAAAGGAACGAACAGUCCAAACUGUCCACACGUUGUCUAGAUGGAAUUAGAGAUCUGGAAAACGAGCUACAGAAAAUCAAAGAUGACAUUAUCGAGUUCUCGCUGUACGAAAACUGCAUGGACACCAUGAUGCUAUUUAUAGAUCAUCUGCUGGCGUCUGACGUCACUGAAUUCGCACAGAAGGUUGAGGAGUAUGACAUAGACAAAAGCGUGGCAAAGUCAAUUCUCAAAACGGAAAGUGACGGAACAUUUAUUGUGAGAACUAACAACGACCCUAAUAAACCAUACAGCAUCUCUGUCAGCUACUCAGACGCGGAAAACGAAGGACUUGUGGUUCAUUUCCCGGUGAAACGGGACGAUGGCUGCCUCGGGUUCGACGAGCAGACGUGCAUUUUCCAUGACAUUCAGGACUUGGUCACGUGCUAUGCUCGAAUCCCGUUUGGUUCCCACGACAGUACGUAUGGGGACUUAACUCUGGUCAGACAGGUCGAAUAGAAGGCAAUCGAAGAAGGAAAAGGAGAAAGAAAAUCAUCAGUUUUCAGUACAUUUGCAAGGAAGAUGUCUUUAAAGUAGUGUCUCUGAAGUGCGUCGUAAUUAUAGUUUGUGGACUCGCUGCAAAUCGAGAAAGGAGGGAGUUCAACUGACUCCGGUCUGACAUACGCUCAACACACUGCGCUUUGAUGACUUGUAAACCUCUUGAAUAUUUCAAUCUUAUAUAUACUAUAAAGAUUUCGAUUUUUUUGCAUGAAUCCAUAGACUUGACGUCACGGUGCUUAUUCACUGAAUAUUUAUGAAUGAAGUCGACGUCAUUUUGUGUUCGUUUCAUUUUUUGACGUCAGAGAUAAGCACGGGUGUAUGAUUUCUCGCAAAAAAGAGCGGAAUAUAGGUUUAAAAAAGUGCUAAUAGAUAUAUUUACCAAAAAAAAAUUAUUAUAAAUUUGUAGUAGAAUGAAAUAAUGUUUGGCUCAGUAGGGUAAGUAGGGUGUUUGACUGUGGUGAUACAAAACCGGUUUUCGUCACGAUUAUUUUUAUCAAAUCUCCUAAGCAUAGAAACUCAAAAUCGUAGGUUAUGAAUGCAAUAACCAACAGAAUGCCACAAUUUCUUUCUCGAAUAACGUUCCAUUUUUUUAAUCACGUGAUAGACAAGAGGCGCCUUGAGCUGUGCACCUGGGUUUACCUGAUGUGUGUUCACUUUGUAUUACGCGUCAUGGAUGUUCCUAUUGUUUAUUAAUUCCACGACAUUGUAUGGUUGUGAAUACUACCUUUGAACGAACCUGGUACCUUUCCAUAUCACGAUUCGUUUUAAUAGACUACACGAUUGAGAAAUAACAUACACAUGAUAUACAGUAUAAACACUGGUCGUGUUUUUGUUAAGACAGUAUAAUAUUUCUACAUUCUUUAUGUGCUAAAACAUAUUUAUUAGAAUGAAUAUAUACCGCCAUGAAAACUAGUUUCACAUUUACUAGUAUAUCAUUAUUUUACAUCAUGAUAUGUGUGCUCACGGGUGGAUCGCCCCUUGUAUGUAUACAUAUAUUAUUCUUUUAUCUGGAUUUGCAUGACGGAACAUAAUAUAUGUAUACAGUUUACCCUGUCCGAGUAUCAACGUCCAUCUCUCAGAUCUAUCGCAUACUUUAUAAACAAUAGUUUUGAAUGGUGUCAUUACUAUGUUGCAUUUUGUUUGUUAAACAACCGAAGAAAGCAAAUAGUUAUCGCAGCGUCUGUUCCUCCUGCUUCUUGUGCGGGCAUAAAUGAGGAAAUAUUGAAGGGAUUCAAAUGAAACGUCAUAAAGUGAUCGAGGGUUUUAACCCAUUUAUGCCUAGUGGACUCUCCCAUCAUUCUAAGUUGGAUCGAUUUAUUUCCAAAAUUAGGGAUGUCUUGUAUAUUUAUUUUUAUAUUUAGAAUAUUUCUUACAGAAAUUCCUUUUAGCAAACAGCAUUAUGCGGCGUCUCAUCUGGGUCUACGCUGUUUGCCAAGGCCUUUUUUCUAGACGCUAGGCAUAAAUGGGUUAAGGUUACGUGCGAAGUACAAGAACCAUAAGUCAGUCUUCAGGAUUUACAGAGUAUUUAUGCUAUUUAGUCACUGUCUUGGGCGAAGCAUAACUCCCUAAGUAUUGAAGGUUUUUUAAAGGCACUGUACAUUUGUAGAAGACAUUUAGAGGAAGUGAAGAGUACAAGAACCACAACUUUGUAAUACGUAUUUUGGAUUAAUAACCCUUUGUUAUUUUGUAGUCCUUUCUUGUGUGGAUCAUCGCUCCUUAAGUAUUUAAUGUAUUCAAAUGAACCUUCAUGUAAUAAUAGAAAGCUUUAUGAAAUAAUUGGGGGAAAAAUCCCAUCUUUUAAGGACAAUAUCACACUUUUGGAUUAAAACAAUAUUUCGGGGGCCUUUCGCUCUGGUAACAGGACUUAAUUGUAUCUGUUGUACACCUUAACGUGCACAUGAAUAUGACUAUAUAAAUGUAUCGGUGUUAUGUUGUUUUGUUAAACUACGCAAUUAUGGGAUAAAAUGGCCUGAAUAUGUGUGUAUAUCAUUGUGUCAAUAAACUAUUAAUCUGU